AUGGCUUCCCGUCGCCUCCUUCUCCUCUGCCUGGCGGGACUGGUGCUCGUCACCGAGGCAGGCCCAACGGGCACUGGUCAGUCCAAGUGUCCCCUGAUGGUCAAAGUCCUAGAUGCUGUUCAAGGCAGUCCUGCAGUCAACGUGGCCGUGAGAGUCUUCAAAAAGGCUGCUGAUGAGACCUGGGAGCCGUUCGCCUCUGGGAAAACCAGUGAAUUUGGAGAACUCCAUGGGCUCACAACUGAUGAGAAAUUUGUAGAAGGUAUCUACAAAGUAGAAUUAGACACCAAAACCUACUGGAAGGCACUUGGCAUUUCCCCAUUCCAUGAAUAUGUGGAGGUGGUGUUCACAGCUAACGACUCUGGCAAGCGCCGCUACACCAUCGCCGCCCUGCUCAGCCCUUACUCUUACUCCACCACGGCCCUCGUCAGUGACCCCAAGGAAUGAGGGGUGCAGUGGGCUUCGGGGGGUGCGAGGGAUUUCAUGUACCCAAUAGUAUUCCAUUUUUAUUAAAGCAGUGUUUUCACUUUA